AUGGACUGGUUUGGCCGAGCCAAGAUUGUCUUCACCCAUGCGACCUCACCGCUAGCGUUGAAGAAGAAAGAUGGGACAUCGACAGACUUGCUUAAAGUCUGCGAGGCCAGCACUCCCACUUGCCAACUGAACCCGCUCCUGUUCAAUGGCGACCUUCAGACUAUGUGGACGGCAGUCAAGGAGCAUGGUCCCCCAAUCUACUACCGUCGGAGGAUAUUCGACGCCGACCACAAGGUUUACACCGGUACCUUCACCGUAGAUUUCGCGGUGGACCCACACAAGGACGUGGACGAGGAGCUGCCGCCCAGAACUGCUUUCUUUUCCGACGAUGAUUUUGCCCAAAUCGGCUCUGACGACAGCCGGCCCAUGCUCAUCGUUCUUCAUGGGCUGUCUGGAGGCUCUCACGAAAUAUACCUUCGCCAUACCAUUGCGCCCUUGGUCUUAGAUGAGGGUAAUUGGGAGGUUUGUGUAGUCAAUGCUCGCGGAUGUGCCAACAGCAAGGUGACAAGCGGUGUUCUUUUCAACGCCAGGGCUACCUGGGAUCUCCGACAGGUGGUGAAGUGGGCAAAGCAAACCUUCCCUAACCGGCCGCUAUUUGGCGUCGGGUUUUCCUUAGGGGCUAACAUUCUAACCAACUAUGUUGGCGAGGAAGGCGAAAAUUGUCUUUUGAAGGGCGCCAUUUCUGUGGCCAACCCAUUUGACCUAGAGGUGGCAAACAAGGCGCUUCAGCGGACAUUUCUAGGCAAGCAAGUGUACUCGAGGGUCAUGGGAAGCAGCAUGAAAAAGCUCAUCGCCACGCACAAGGACGCGGUCUUGACGCACACCAACUUGGAUUAUGACAGCAUCCAAAAGGUUACCUACCUGCACGAGUUUGACCGGGAGGUUCAGACGGUCACCUGGGGAUAUCCUACCGAAAACGCCUACUAUCGCGACGCCUCCUCCUCGGACGCAAUCCUGGCCAUCAGAAUCCCGUUCCUUGCCAUCUCUGCCUUAGAUGAUCCGAUCGCCGUAUUCGACGCGAUUCCAUUCCAAGAGUUCACUCAGAACCCGUACACCGUGCUCGUCACCACUUCACUCGGCGGACACAUAUCGUGGUUCGAGAUUGGUGGCGGGAGAUGGCACCCCCGACCGAUCUGCAAUUUUCUCAACUACAUGGCCAAUGAGAUCAACCUUGAUGCCAUCACCCCCAGUGACAACGGCAAGAAGGCCGAAACCCAGUUCACGACGGAGUUUAACCCCGUAAGGAGGAAGUUGCGCAUUCUAGACAAUUGA